AUGACUUGUGCUUAUGCACCCUCUGGCAACUAUGUUUCUUGUGGCGGUCUCGAUAAUAUAUGCUCUAUAUAUAGCCUCAAGACUCGUGAGGGAAAUGUAAGAGUCAGCAGAGAGUUGCCUGGACAUACUGGUUAUCUUUCGUGCUGUAGAUUUCUUGACGAUAAUCAGAUUGUCACAAGUUCAGGAGACGUAACCUGCGGACUGUGGGAUAUUGAAACGGGUCAACAAUUGGCCGCCUUUACCGGGCACACUGGCGACGUCAUGAGUCUUUCUGUGGCUCCAGACAUGCGUACCUUCGUAUCUGGAGCAUGUGAUGCAUCAGCUAAAGUAAAUAUGGCCAAGAAAAGAGUCUUUAAUAGCAAGCUAUUUUAA